UCGGCACACAAGUCGUAAGUACUGCUAUAUUUUGCUGUAUAUUUUGAAUCUUCCUUUUGUAAUUUUAGCUUAUUUUGUUUAUAUUGUAGUUUGACGGUUCGUAGAAGAUAAAUAUAGUACACUUUUAAAGUCCUGUCGUCACAGUUGUUGUGUAUCUAUAACUAUAAGAUAGCUUGAUCGGUUAUCGGCCAUAAAUCCAUACGAGCCGUAAGACCUGUGUCGUAUUUGCACUACCAAGACGGUAGAUACAGUCAAAGACUUGUCUAUAGUAGCGAGAAUAUUCUACAAUGAGCUUUCGUAGUCACGAAACGAGCGAAAAUAUCGAAAACCCGCUCGUAGAGCCAAGCGAAGCUAUACUACACGAUGCAAAACAAGAUGCCUGCGAACAGGCAACUACAGCACAGGAAACCCGAGAGCGUAAAAUGACAGAGAAAGGUAGAGAAUAUGUCUGUUCGUUGAAAAGAAAAGCAGCCCUCGAUAUCAAGGAAGAGUUUUUGAAAGAACUGUUUAAUUUUGAGAAAAAGAUUGCAGAUUUCAAUGGUGUUGUUGAACUUAAUAAACAAAUAACAUUGUUAUCAGGGAAAAUGAAUUUUGUUAGCAAGGCCCUUGAUGAAUGGUUGAAAUUAUCCUUAGAUGAGAAUGAAAUUCGCGAAGUCAUAGAAAUGCGUACAUUUCUGUCCGAUAAAUUGUUGAGCACUCAGAGCUGGGCUCAAGAAUAUGCAGUGAAGUUUAGUCAGCAAAAGCAAGAAACAAUUUCUACAACAUCCCGACGAAGUAGUAGCAACAGCAGUCAUAUAGACACCUUAGUUAACCUUAAAGCAAGAAAAGCAGCUUUAGGAAAACGAAUGCAAUAUUUUCGGCUAAUAUCAGAGCAGGAACGUAAACUUGAGCAGUUAAAGAUGCAGGGAGAAUUUGAGGACGUCUCAGCACAAGAAAGUGUGUAUGAAACGCUUACUGAAACAGGAAACAUUUUGGGUACCACUUCUAGUCCAGCCCUGCUCACAGAGAAACACAAUAUCAUGUCCACCUUUUUUGGAGAAGCCACCAACAUAGCCAGCAUUCCCACAGAACAAAGAGUGCCGCAGGCCAAAGUAGAACAAGAAGAGCCACGCGCAGAACAUCCCUUUUCCGAGGCACUGAUCCAAUCUCCAUACCAACCUGUUGAGGAUCGACCGGAUUCAUCAGAAAUCGAUAGUGUAUCUCAAGUACAACCCCCAUUCCACGCAGAACAGCCCUCACCUCAAGUGCAAUACCCUCUCCACACAGAACAGUCCCCACCUCAAGUGCAACGUCCUUUCCACACAGAACAACCCUCACCUCAAGUGCAAUGCCCUCUCCACACAGAACAACCCUCACCUCAAGUGCAAUACCCUCUCCAAACAGAACAGUCCCCACCUCAAGUCCAACGCCCUUUCCACACAGAACAACCCUCACUUCAAGUGCAACGCCCUUUCCACGCAGAACAGCCCCCACCUCAAGUGCAACGCCCUUUCCACACAGAACAACCCUCACUUCAAGUGCAACGCCCUUUCCAUCCAGAACAGUCUCCACCUCAAGUGGAACGCCCUCUCCACGCAGAACAACUCCCACCUCAUGUGCAACGCCCUUUCCAUCCAGAACAGCCCCCACCUCAAGUGCAACCCCCACUCCACACAGUGCAACCCCCACUCCACACAGUGCAACCCCCACCUCAAGUGCAACGCUCUUUCCACGCAGAACAGCCCCCACCUCAAGUGCAACGCCCUUUCCACACACUACAACCCCCACCUCAAGUGCAACGCCCUUCCCACGCAGAACAGCCCCCACCUCAAGUGCAACGCCCUUUCCACACAGUACAACCCCCACCUCAAGUGCAACGCCCUUCCCACGCAGAACAGCCCCCACCUCAAGUGCAACGCCCUUUCCACGCAGAACAACCUCCACCUCAACAACAGACCUUAUUUCAAGUACAACCCCCAUUCCACACAGUGCAGCCCCCACCUCAAAUACAGCCACCACUCCACGCAGCUCAGUUCCCACACUAUGCAAGUAAUCUAUCCAUUCCAUUCCAGUAUUUUUCAGGUAGUUGCAUCCCUAAGAACGAAAGCUUGUUAUGUAUCCUUACCGCUUAUCCGGUUACCCCAGGGGAAGUUUGUAGUCGAUUUAUAGAAGAAUGCAAAUGAACUCUGCUGACAAGGUACACUUGUCGUACGUUUCUCUGUAUCGUCGGGAAAUAUUCAUGCAACGUGUAAUAUGAAGGCAUGGCACAAUUAAAAACAAGACUUGAAGCAUGAUUGCUUACAAGAGGUCAGUAAUCGCAAUGAACAAAAGCAUGUGUAAGUCUUUUGAUUUGAAAGAAUUGACGUAACUGUCGCGACAGUCUUUGAUAUUUAUAAUCACAUCAUAUGAUUUUAUUCGGAAUCGAACCGACCAGACCGCGUAGCUCAGUUGGCAGAGCAUUGGGCUAGAAUUCCAAAGGUCGUAGGUUCGAUUCCCACCGUGGUCAGGCAUAUUUUUUAAGCUUGCCCGGUGUGGAUAUACACUCAGAGUAACAUCACAAGCAUCAUAUUCACCUGAGUACAUUACACCAACACAGAAAGAAUCAUGAUUAUUAUUAUUAUUAUUAUUAUUAUUAUUAUUAUUAUUAGAUAACAUUGAUAUCGAAGGAACUAGAUUCUGUUCCGAAAUAUUUCAUACUCGAACCGACCAGACCGCGUAGCUCAGUUGGCAGAGCAUUGGGCUAGUAUUCCAAAGGUCGUAGGUUCGAUUCCCACCGUGGUCAGGCAUAUUUUUUAAGCUUGCCCGGUGUGGAUAUACACUCAGAGUAACAUCACAAGCAUCAUAUUCACCUGAGUACAUUACACCAACACAGAAAGAAUCAUGAUUAUUAUUAUUAUUAUUAUUAUUAUUAUUAUUAUUAUUAGAUAACAUUGAUAUCGAAGGAACUAGAUUCUGUUCCGAAAUAUUUCAUACUCGAACCGACCAGACCGCGUAGCUCAGUUGGCAGAGCAUUGGGCUAGUAUUCCAAAGGUCGUAGGUUCGAUUCCCACCGUGGUCACGCAUAUUUUUCGAGCUUGCCCGGUGUGGAUAUACACUCAGAGUAACAUCACAAGCAUCGUAUUUAACGAUAUUUUCACCUAUUAUUAUUAACAAUGAAGAAUUAAAAGUAAUUCUUGAAUUAGACCAGUUAUCAAUUCUGGUUAGCUCCAUUAAAAAAUUCGUUCUGGAUUCUUAUUAUUAUGCGUUCAAUUAAGUCUUUCACUGUUACUAAGAAGCAAACUGGAGUUGCAUUGUGGUGAUUGGUAGAGUCUAAGUGAGAGAACUCUUCUCACAAGAGACUGAGGGUACACAAUUCUCUAUGCUACCAGGAAGGCACUGAGCUGGAACACAAGAACAUGUAAUUUUUCUAUUAGGCUCUUGCAAGGGACGUCACAACACGUAUUUGUUGACUUUCGCCAUCUUGGGUGGGAAAUUAAAAAUAGUUAUUAAAAGCAGACAUGGCGUCAAAGCAAGACUGUGGCAGUGAUUGCAGCUGUUGCUUUCGCUUGACCACUUUGAAGAGUGAUAUUAAUUUAAAUAGAAUAUUUUUGCCACCCAAAAUGGUGGAUACCGCUGAUGAAUGUUAACAUUACCGCAAUUUCUUUCAUCAGACGAAUCGGAACAGUCUUUAUCUUUAUCGCACACCCAAGAUUUCUUGAUACAUUUCUUACUUCUCUGACAUUGAAAUUCAUCUGCUAGACAAGACCCUACACUACCUAAGCAAAAUUAGAAAAUAUUUCUUAUAACCACAUGCACAACAUAUACACAACUAACACAAGCCUACCUGGGUACGAGGUUGAUACACAAGCACGCGGUAUGUUGCAAGCGAGGAAGGUAUUGAAAUCCUUGUCCUUAAUUGCAUGUUCGUUCUUAUUUCACUGCGGUUCACAGGGGGAGAAUAAAUAGUAUAUGCACAAAGCAAGGAAUUGAUUCGUUUUUCCUGACGCUUAUGUUUGUGAUUAUUUCACACCGGUUGGUUGUAUAUUAAUUUAAAUAGAAUAUUUUUGCCACCCAAAAUGGUGGAUACCGCUGAUGAAUGUUAACAUUACCGCAAUUUCUUUCAUCAGACGAAUCGGAACAGUCUUUAUCUUUAUCGCACACCCAAGAUUUCUUGAUACAUUUCUUACUUCUCUGACAUUGAAAUUCAUCUGCUAGACAAGACCCUACACUACCUAAGCAAAAUUAGAAAAAUUUCUUAUAACCACAUGCACAACAUAUACACAACUAACACAAGCCUACCUGGGUACGAGGUUGAUACACAAGCACGCGGUAUGUUGCAAGCGAGGAAGGUAUUGAAAUCCUUGUCCUUAAUUGCAUGUUCGUUCUUAUUUCACUGCGGUUCACAGGGGGAGAAUAAAUAGUAUAUGCACAAAGCAAGGAAUUGAUUCGUUUUUCCUGACGCUUAUGUUUGUGAUUAUUUCACACCGGUUGGUUGUGCUUUUCAAUAGACUUUCCAAGAAAGUAUUUUGUUAUAGAGCAUCGUUUUCGUGAUUGCUUAUUUCGGCUCUCUAUCUUAUUAUUGAUGACUUAAUUAUAUAAAGGUCUUACACGACUGUAUGAUUUCGUGAAUAUGUCAUUACAUUUAAAAAGAUAAAGGGCUCAAACCCAAUAUCUCAAUCACGAAAUCGAGGUUCUAUAGCCAAGAUUGAAUACUUUCCGGAAAGGUGUAUUAUAGGAAGAUUAUCUUCCUUAAAACCUCGAGCUCCAUGUUUCAUUAACGACAUUGUGAGAUUCAGCUUACCACAUCCCAUUUCAUCACUACCAUCCCCACAGUCAUCAUGAUUGUCACAACGCCACAGUUUGGGGACACAUUUCCAAUUUCGACAUGUAAAGAAUAUUGAGGUGUUGCAUUUGUGAAAACCUUAAACAGAAAUUGAAUUUGAAUAUUAAUUAGCUAAUUUGUGCUUGAGGCUGGUGAUUUUAUGAAAACAUGUUUAUAGUAUAUAACAACGACAACGACAACGACAACAACAUCAACAAACGAAUAACAACCUGCAACUUACACGAAUCUCGAUGUUCAUCUGUAUUAUCUCCACAAUCAUUAUCACCAUCGCACGUCAGACUCCUGGGAAUACAACGCCCAUUGCUGCACGCAAAGUCAUAUAAUGAUGAACAUGAUUUGAUGUCCACUAUACAGGUAGGAGAAAUUGUGUUAAACGUUGCCUUAUGGCCUCUGGCUGUUCUUACAACAAGUGAAGAUAUGUCGCCUGGUGUGCAAUAGCGAAAAUCCAUUCCAAAAGGUGAGGGAACAACUGGGCCAGCCAACAGACGUAAUUUAUUAUAAAUCAUAUUGGGAAUUUAUUAUAAAUCAUAUUUAAAGGCAUGUUGUAAACAGAUUUAAAGCUUACCACAAUUUUCUUCAUCAAUAUUAUCAGGACAAUCACUAUUCAGAUCACAAACCCAGACCUUUGGAAUACAGUGAGCAUUGUCGCCAUCGUAACUACACGUAAACUCAUCAUUGGGAAGACACGUACGCCCUGGAAACGAUAGUUAUAUUGGAUUUUGAGGGAACAUGAGACAAUGGAAUGGGUAGCCUCGAAAACGAGAUAUUUUUCACGUCCACGCUAACUUAAUUAAUUCGGAAAGAAUUUACGAGCAGUCACGGGACUCGCACAAGGAAAAUAAUUCAUCAUGAACAGGGAAACACUUUCCAAAACUCAUGAACAGGGAAACACUUUCCAAAACUUUGACCGAAUAACGUAGUAACAUGGCAAACUAUUGAAAACUAGUGUAUAAUUUUGAAUCAUAUGUGAAAAUGUGGCCCUGAAUCCUAUUAUCCUGGGUUUCCUGGGCCAGUCUUCCCUGCAAAUGCGCUUUACAAAUUUUUAACCCAUGAGAAGGAAACUUACAGUAAUUUAUAGUAGUAAUCGUUUCCUUCGUAUACUCAAUUACAGACAGACCUGGAGAAAAGUGGGUUCUCGGGAACCUGAGGAACACUUGCCUUAGCAAGAAGAUUGAAAAACGUUUUCAAUUUUUCACACAACAUACGUUAUGGGAGAAAUCUUAAGGAAUCAUUAUAUCAUAGUCCCUUCUCUGCCAUUUGAGAUUGUGAAGUGUUGUUCAAUGUUCAAAUUUGGAGUAAUGUACGGUCAAAUUUUCCAUUCUUUUUACGCAAUUUUGAAAAACAUUUGAAAUUCAGGAUCCGAAGAACAUUAAUACUUUAUCAGGUCUGAUUACAGAUCAAUUGAUGUGCUUUCAACAUCGUCUUUAAUUCACAGCGAUAAAUCUGAUUGACCUGAGGACGUUGUUAGUGAAUGACUCACUCAUUCACACGCGAUUAUGAAUUAUGAUGAAUGAUUUAUAAUGUUCCCCAGUGUUCUCUAACAUUCAGAAACAAUUUCACUGAGCAACAUUUUCAAGCAAUUUGAUAAUUUCAAUAGCAGUCUUGCCGUUCUUACUACAAGUGAAGAUAUGUCGCCUGGUGUGCAAUAGCGAAAAUCCAUUCCAAAAAGUGAGGGAAGAACUGGGCCAGCCAACAGACGCAAUUUAUUAUAAAUCAUAUUGUGAAUGCCCAAAUAGUGAGGGGGACAAACGCAUACGUUCCUUCAUCUUGUAGGGUUACGCCCUUGCUGCAGUAAGUUUUAACUAAAUCAGUGGGCAGAACAACAGGUAUGAAAAGUUUCUAUAAACAGAAUCAUUUUCAAUAGAUCCAAUGAAAGCAUCCAAAUCCUUAAAUGGCCAAAUAUGAGUAGUAGGAAAACGCCGAUUCAUGGACAUUUUGGUGACAGACCCUUACCCCCACCCCCAGGGUGACAGAAAGACCAAUUAACAGCUACUGCGCACCCCCUCCCGCGCAUCCCGAUGACAUCACCCCCGGUUUCCCGCAAUCAGCCCCGCUCGAACUUGCCCGUAACUAUAACGUCACUUCCGGUUUAUAAAAAUCACGUGACCACGUGACCCCCACAAGCCCCCCACCACCCCCGCCUUGAGAGUGCUUCCAGAAGUCUCGCCUAAGCCUACCCUAAGCCUUCCCUAAGUCUUACCUAAGCCUGCCCUAAGUCUCGCCAAAGUCUUGCCAAAGCGUACCCAAAGCCUAUCCAAAGCCUACCCUAAGCCUACCCAAAGCCUACCCAAAAUCCUCACCGCGCAUGCGCAAACCCCACCACCCCCCGCCUUGGGAAGUCUUCAAUAAGUCUUCCAUUGCGUAUGUUUUGGAUCACUGUACAGCGGCAAAGAGGAAGAAGAAGACCAGUGGUAUGACGCAAGAGAGAACUUUAGCGACGAGGACGAACAGUGGUAUGACACCAAUCCGGAAGAAGACCUAAAACCCGUCCUAACCAAGCUUGGUAUAAAAGGGAGGGCAAAGAAGUAUGUCAUCAACCCCAACGGAGCGUACGAUCCGAUCCACUUCCUCGAUAUCACAAGGGACGAGGUCGAGACGCUUAUAAAUUCCGAAACAGAACCGAGGAAUGUUAGCAUGUCCUUAGCAUGCGAGAUGAUAAGGAACGACCCGAAAACUGAGGAAGAAGUAUCCGUCGUUGCACACUUCAGAUCAAAACCCACAAACUUGUUGGUACGGAUGACACGGAAGAGUCCUUUAAUACCAUGAAGGAAAAGAUGCUAGAAUCCUUUUCCGAAUACCAGAAGCGUGGUAGUGGGUGGAGGCUUCGAAGAGUAGAUCUGCUCGAAAUUCAUAUCGGAGAAUACCAGCCGUUAAGGGGAAAGGGUUACGUACCAUUAUCCGAGACGAUCAGGAAGAAGAAAGCGAUCAUCAAUAUGAAGAACGACGACGACAAAUGUUUUAAGUGCGCUGUGACCCGCGCACUGAAUGAUAUUAACAUCCAUCCGGAAAGAAUUUCAAAGGAACUUAAGGAACAGUCCAGAAUGCUAGACUGGGAAGGGAUAAAGUUCCCAACACCCCUAAACAAUAUCAAAAAGUUUGAAAAGAACAAUAACAUCGGUGUUAACGUGUUUGGGCUUGACGGAUGUCAUAAGGUAUGUCCCUUGCGAAUAUCCGGCAGUGUCGAUUCCAUAAACCUCUUUCUGUGGAAGAAUCACUAUAGUGUUAUCAAGGAUAUGUCGAGACUUGUAGGCGAACAGGUUAACGAUCAUGGACAUAAAAAACACAUCUGCAACCGUUGUCUCAACGCAUUCGGAUCGAGCGAACUCCUGGAAAGACAUCUGGGGUUAUGUUCGAACAACAACUAUCAGAGGCAUGAGUACCCGGAACCCAUUACCACCACAGAGUUUAAAAAUUAUGAAAAAACACAAACCGUUCCGUUUGUCAUCUAUGCUGACUUCGAAUGCUACAUCGAAGGGAUGGACACGGUCGGGCAGAACCCCAACAGAUCGAGUACCACCCAAUACCAAAAGCACAACCCCAGCGGAUUUUGUUACUACGUCAAGUGUUUUGACAAUUCCGUUUACAAACCCAGGCUGGUACACUAUACCCAACAACACGAGGGAAAAGACGUUACUAAAAAGUUUGUGGACAUGCUGGAAGAGGAAGUCCGUGAUAUAUACUACAGGUUUAAAUUCAAGGAACCUAUCAGGAUGUUCUUCGAAGAUACCGAAAAUUAUGAAAGGGCAGACAGCUGUUAUGCGUGUAGGAAGGAAUUCACUACGAAAGACCACAAGGUUAGGGACCAUUGUCACUAUACGGGAGUGUACAGGGGUGCGGCACACAGUACGUGUAAUUUGAGAAUGAGAAGGCCCAAAUUCAUUCCGGUACUUUUUCACAACCUCGAAGGAUACGAUGCUCAUCUAUUCAUUAAAAACCUUGGGGUAAGUAGUGGAGACAUCAAGUGUAUUCCUAAAACGGAAGAGAAGUACAUUUCCUUUACUAAGGAGAUAGAGGUCGCUAAGUUUAUCAACGAAGACGGGAAGGAGAAGAAGGUUAAAAGAGAGCUAAGGUUUCUCGACUCAUUUAAGUUCAUGGCAAGCUCCCUGGACAAGCUCGUCAAGGGUUUGGGUAAGGACGACUUCAAAAAUUUGGAUUUGAUGACGGGCCGUAGCACUAAGGAACGGAGGGAGCUGCUUAAACAGAAGGGUGUUUACCCUUAUGAAUAUAUGGAUGGUUUUGAGAGGCUUGAAGAAACAUCGCUCCCACCGAAGGAAAAAUUCUUCAGCAAGCUCAACAACGAAAGCAUAAGCGACAUGGAUUACGAAAGAGCCUGGAACGUAUGGAAUACCUUCAACAUGAAAACCAUGAGGAACUAUCACGAUCUGUACCUGAUAACGGACGUCCUCCUCCUGGCAGAUGUGAUGGGAAAUUUCAGAAAGGUUUGUAAGACCAACUACGGAUUGGAUCCGAUGUGUUACUACACAGCACCCGGGCUGGCAUGGGACGCUGCGUUGAAGUUAACCGGUGUGGAACUGGACCUCAUAUACGAUCCGGAUAUGUACCUAUUCAUUGAAAAGGGUAUUCGGGGUGGGAUCAGCACCAUUACAAAAAGGUAUGCUAAAGCAAGCAAUAAGUAUACCGAACUUUCUAAAAACCUAACCUGGUUGGAAAGGUUCAAAAAGUGGAUGGGAAAAAAGUUUUCCGGUCUAUCAGCCGUAAUCAUAUCUAUGGUCGACACGAUUAUCACAAUCAUUACCGGUACGAAACUGGUGGUUGGUCGCGACGAUGAAGAGCGGACUACAUACCUUCCCUAUAUGGACGCGAACAACCUGUACGGAUGGGCAAUGAGUCAACCCCUACCCAUCAAGGACUUCAAAUGGAUGAAUGAUGGGGAACUGGAGAAGUGGACGGACUACAGCUGCAUCCUCGAAGUGGAUCUGGAAUAUCCCGACGAACUACAUGACAAACAUAACGAAUACCCCCUCGCACCCGAAAGGAUAAUGGUUAACAAAGUGGAAAAACUCAUUCCGAACCUCAACAACAAGGAAAAAUACGUCCUUCACCACAAGAACCUAAGACAGUACCUGAGUCUAGGGUUAAAGCUCGUUAAGAUUCACCGUGGGCUGAAAUUCUACGAAAAGCCUUGGAUGAAGGAAUAUAUCCAACUUAACACAGACCUGCGUACCAAAGGUACUACAGACUUUGAAAAGGACUUCUUUAAGCUUAUGAACAACUCUGUAUUCGGAAAGACGAUGGAAAAUGUUAGGAAUAGGGUUGACAUAAGACUUGUUAAUAACGAGGAGAAGUGGAACAAGCUGGCUCAAAAGCAUAACUACAAAUCUGUGACCAUCUUUUCCGAAAACCUAGUGGCAGUUCCUAUGAUGAAGACAUCUGUAAAACUGAAUAAACCUAUAUACUUGGGGAUGAGCAUCCUUGACAUCAGUAAGACCCUCAUGUACGACUUCCACUACAAUUACACUAGACCAAAGUAUGGGGAUGAUGCCGGGCUUCUAUUCACGGACACGGACUCCCUAUGUUAUGAAAUUUACACCGAAGAUUUCUUUAAGGAUAUAUCCGGCGAUGUCCGCGAAAGAUUUGACACCAGCAAUCUAGGUAAAGACCACCCAUCCGGAAUCCAAACGGGUGUAAACAAGAAGGUAAUCGGGAUGAUGAAGCUGGAAACGGGUGCAAAAAAAAUUGAAGAGUUUGUGGGAUUAAGGUCAAAGCUAUGUGCUUACAAAAUGGCGGAAGACGGUGGUGAGGAAAAAAAGUGUAAGGGAGUCAAGAAAGUAGUCAUCAAGAAGGAAAUAACAUUCGAAAACUAUAAGGAAUGUCUCUUCAGCGGUGAGAAACAAUGGAGGGGAAUGGAUGUUUUCAGGAGUAGACUACAUGAAAUAUAUACGGAAAGGGUCGUCAAGGUAGCCCUGUCUGCAAAUGAUGACAAGAGGAUAAUCAUGGAGGAUGGAAUCAACACGCUAGCAAUCGGACACAAAAGCCAAAGACAGUAGAAACCAAUUUUAAUAUUCGAGAGAACAUUAAAAUUUUAACGGGUCUACAGUAAUUUUGUAAUUACGAAUCUAGACCCCAGUCCCAAUAUUCCAAUCGUGAUCUGCUGGUAUUCUUCCAUUUCGCUUGAUGGUUUGUAGUAAUCGUGAAUCGUCGGUUUGUUGUUUCCAUAUCCGAUUUGGCGUCGACUGAUUCCUGCCUGAGUAUUGCAAUUCUGUUCUUUUUUCCCACUUGACUUUCGUACCAUUUUUCCCUAGCCUUGGCUAAUUUUUCCAGCGCUUUGUUGUGUCUUUUCAUUUCGCCUUCGUAUCCACUGUGAUUUAAUUUGCUGAACAGGUAUCCGGCUCCUGCAAAUGCUACGGCGUUGAAUAGUCUUCCGACCACAACACUUGUCAUCUUCUUUUAUUAUAGUGGUUUAUUUGAAUGGAUCAUCCGGUACUAGUUUUUUGAACUGUAGGUAGUGAACUCCAACUGCACCAACCCCAAGGGCUACGGCUAGUUUUAGAAUUCCUUUCGGACUACUAGGUACUCCGAGACUAUCGCCUGCAAAUUUUUUGCUUACCACGGACACAGCGACUGCGCCAAGUGUAAUAAGUCCGGCGUCGAAGGCUUCGUUCAUAAAGUCCUUUCUAUCUCCCAUUCUUUAUUAUAUGUGUUCUUAUUUAUUUUUUCCUUUUCCUGUACUCAUUAUACAGGAAGUAAGUUAAUGCUAAGGCUAAAAUCCAAAGAUUCUUCGCCAGGAACGCAAUGCCCUUUGCUCCCCAUGACAGAACCUUAGCGACGAGGUUCAGUACGGAUGCUAGUACGGGUCCAACCUUUCCAGCCAGGUUUGCCAUUGCUUUUGCGAACUUACUCGUUGCUCUCGCUCCCUUUUUUGCUACGCUUCUAGCCCCCAUAAUAAUCGUGGUGAUGAUACCGGCCACGGAUAUUGCUACGGCUGAUAUUCCGGCUAUAUUUUCCAUUGCCCAUUUCUUAAAUCUUUCGAACCUCGUAAGAUCGUUUAUUUCUACCUCCUCUUCCACGAUGGACAAAGCUUUCGGUCCUUUUGGUCGUUCGUUUGAUCUUAACCUUAUUUCAUCCGCUUUCAAUUCUGUCAUGUCUGCCAUUGCUUCGUACAGGAGAGCCUUCUGUUCACGUCCUGCAGUUCGUUCGGUUUCGGCCAGUUCUUUCCAGUGAUUUUUUUCUACUUCAAGAUGCUCAAUUUUUUGCUUACCCGAGUUUCCCUUUACGUUCAGGAUACCUCUCAGUUCCCUUAGUUCGUUUUCCGUUAUAACUGUACUAUUACCAAUGGAUUCACUUUGAUUGGACAGUUCGUCAUCCAUUCUUUCAACGAUAUUUUCCAGUACGUUAUCCACAAAUUCCUGAGAAGCAUCUAGAUUCUGUCGUUCGAGUUGUUCCUCCACUAAGGCUGCAGGUGUUUUUGAAUGCUCUAUUUUAGCUUUCCUGAUCAGUUCUUUGUAUUCGUUUACGACGAAUUCCUUUUUCUUAUCCGCGGAGUAUAUCAUUUUACCAUUUUUCGAGAUAAUGAUUUUGACAUCUUUGAAUGUAGCACCGCUAAUUUUUGUACCGGCCUUAUUUACGGUCAGUUUCAUUUUGUCGAAGAUGAUGGUGGAAGAUGGACCGUCACCCUUAUUGAUAUUUACCCCAAGUUCCCUUUUGAGGAAAUGCUUUUUAUCCAACUUAUAGGCUCGUUUCAUUAUCCCAGCAUCCCGUCUGAUGUUCGGUGUGGAACCGCUGGGCGUUGAUCCAUCGACGUCCGGAUUGAAUCCGACGGGAAUUAAUAUACUUUCGUCCAGUCUCCCGUUGUCGUCGAUGAAACUUGUUUCUUUCUCCGCCGUUCCGGCUUCUUCGGCUUCGCGGUCGUCGACGCGAUUUGUUUCGUCUAGUUCAAUGUCAGCCAUUUAUUUUAUAUCCUUAAUAUUUUCUUCCGGAAUCCAGGAAUUGUGCUUACUAUCGUAUCCUAACCACUUGACCAGUAUCAUACCCUUCCUUCUUCUUAGAAUUUUCUCCACCCUAUACACAUCGUCCUUUUUGUCAACAGCGGAUAGUUCCUCUUCGUAGAACUUUCCGAUGAUCGGUUCACCGUCAUGACUUUCUAUUUCGUACAUGUUAGGAUCUCCCCUGAAUACUUUUACAACUUUGAAUAUCUCUUCCGUAAAGUUUGCUUCGUAUCCCUUGGUAAAGAUAUUUUUGUACUUCGUUAUCCGGACCGUAUCAUCAACCCUAAAUUUAGGUAAUGGAAAUUCCCCUAAUCCGUGACCGUAUAGCGUGAUCCAUACCUGGUCCUUGUUCGACUUGCUUACGUCGGCAGGUCUCAUUAGUAUACUGCUGUGUUUGGUAUGAUUAUAGUUAUUCGUAAGCUCGUCUAUGGCGUCUAUCCAAUUGUAAGUCCCUUUGCUGUAGAAAUACUUCCACAUCAUUGUCUUCAAGGUCCUGUUAAAUCUUUCAACGAUGGCUGCCUUUCUGUCAGAGUUCGUGCAAAAAUAGCGGACGUCGUGUUUUUGUAAGAGGUCCCUAACACCAACGUUGUAGAAUUCCUUUCCCUCGUCGAACUGAGCAACUUCCGGGUAUUUCCCAAACCUUUUCUUAAAUUCCUCCAAUAAUAAGUUCACAGCCUUCGUCAUGUUUUUCGUAUCCUUUCUGUAGACGGGAAUAGCAAACCCGUAACGGCUCAGGAUCUCUACAGCUGUUAGUAUCCAGUAAUAUCCUUUGUUCUGAUUUUUGUAUUUUCCCAUAUCCACCAAAUCCAUCUGCACUUGGUCCGCCAGGUCCUUAAUUUGAAAUUUGUGUUUUCUAACGAUAGGCUUGUACCUUGUGUAAGUGUCCUGGGUCUUUAACCAGUCCUUCACUAUUUUUCUACUAACGUCCAGUCCCUUCUCCUUUGCCUUCAGAUAGAGCUUCUCCGCGGAUUGAUAGCCGGUACCUGGAUUGUAGUAGAUAUCUCUUAACCCUUGUUCGGUAAUAAAGUGUUCGUCUUCCAUUUUAUCUAUGUGAUAUAAAAUUCGAGGAGUGCGGACAUAUCGACCUUAUCGCUGAUGUUCGUAUUGAUACUGAAGGAGAAUCUGUUGUGGGAACCGUUAUUAACAUAAACCCUACUUCCAAUAUCCUUGAAAAACGUUGUUGUUCCGUUUAGAUGUUGGCCGGAUGUCACGGGUAGCGUGCCCACCGUAAAACUUCCAUCACCAUAUACGUCAAAAUUUAGGGAUGUAUUAACAACAUCACAGUCUAUGGUAAUAUAUUUAAGACCGCGAUUAAUAUCUAUAGGAUAGGGAGAUCUUUCCCACACUUCGGAGGUUAGGAUCUCCGUUUCUGGAAAUCCUAUUAGCGGAGCAAAUUCAUUUAAAUGUAAGUUCACCUUGGUUGCCGGAUAAAUUCUGCAGGUAUUGUCAUGCGUGUUGCGUUCUACAGUUAUUCCGUCUGCCUUCAGUUUUUUCUUUAUUGCAUCGAAGGUCCAGUAGCCCUCGUCAAAGGUAAUUUUCUUCUGUCCGUAGGUAAUACUAUC